AUGAAUACCAAUACACCGAGUCAUCAACCUGUGUAUACAUCGGUACCUCAGAAUACCAUGCAGAAUGGGGUAGAUUCAUAUUAUACCUCACCACAGGCGAAUUGUACACUGCAGUAUCAACAGUAUCAACAGCAGCCACAGCAACAAGCUCAGCAACAGUCACAAUACCAGCAGGUACAUAUGGCGUACCUUAGUAAAGUUGGAACAUCCGUACUGGAAGAGAUCAAGACGGUCAACAUUAAUCUGGUCAAACUCAACUCUACUAUCAAGGAGAGUCGAAGACAUCAUCGGACAGAAUGUGAUGUGAAAUUCAAGGCAGAUCAGAUUACGGUACCUAUCCUCUUCACUUCUCCAACAACGACUCAGCAGGAAAACAGUAGAGAUGAAGAGCAGGAUGCCAGUACACUGUCAAACAAAAGGCCUCUAUCGAAUAAUCAGGAUGAUACAGGGCCAAACAAACGAGUUGGCUCAACAGGAAGAGGUGCACACAUGAAAUCUACCAACAACCACAAGAAGACCAAGAAAUAUAAAAGUGAAUUAUUGUGUUUGUUUGUGAAACUUCAAUUGAAAAUUACUGAAGUUAUUUUUACAGCUGUGUUUUAUAUGAGAGAAUUAAGGAGACAAAACAGAGAGAGGUUAGCUUUAGAGGAGGAGGAAAGACAAAGAAUAGAAAGGGAGAGAAGAGAAAAAGAAGCAUUAGAAAGAGCAAAAUCUGCUGUUGAUAAGGAAAGAGAAAUACAAGAAAUAAUCAGAAGACAUAGUCAGACAGACUAUGGAGAUACAUACACUGUAGAUCAUGAGAACAUACACUAUCAGACACAUCCACAAAGUAGAAGUCAGGAGCAAGGCUUCAUAGAGCAGGGUAGGAGAUAUGAAAGUAGGGUUCAAGUUGAACCUGUAGACUUGAGGCUACCAAGUCAUAACACUACCAUAAGAGACAGGGCUAGAAGAAAUAGUGCUUUAGAACAGGAAAAGCAAAAGAUAGAACUUGAAAUGAAAAGACUUAAAGAAAGAGAACAACAGUUGUUGAUUGAAGAAAGAAAUGAAGAUAUAAGUGACACUGAUAGUGUAUAUGAAGAUCAAUUAGGUUAUUUUGAAACAAGAGAUGUUACAGGUAGCCUAACUCAUGUUAAGGACAAACAAAGAGUUAGUCAUGCACAAAGUCAUACUGGAGAUAAGAUUGAUAGUAUACCAAGAGAUGGAGAAAAUGACUUUGAAUUUGAAAAAGAAUUAGAAUGGAUAGAAAAGAAAGCUGCAGAGUAUGAUAAUUCACUAGCUCUGUUAAGCAGUACCAGAAGAGAUGGACAUGAAGAUCAUGCCUUGCAAGGUAAACAAAAUCGCCUACCAGGUAGCCAAGAUACAGACUUUCAAAAGAAACAAGGCGUUUCUGAAGCUCAUUUUGAGGCAGAUAGAGUUAGAUAUAAAACAGAAAGAAUGUAUAAUGACAAGUAUACAUAUGAUGAGGAUCUUGAUACUGGAAGGCAUUUGAAAGGAAACAACGCUUUUGUAGAGAAUAAUAUUGAUAUAGAUAAAGCAGAUGAUGAGGAAGAAACUGAAAUAAAAAGAAGAAUACAAAAACUUCAAUCACAGGAGAAGACAGCGGAGUUGAAGCUUAAGAGUAAGCAAAUGUUAAAAGAGAUGAGGCUCAAGGAAAUAGAAGUUGAAAGAUUACUAAGGGAAAAGCAAGAGAAAAGGCGUCUUAAAGAAAAGAGAUUAAACGAUCUAAAAGAACAAGAGAGAGCUCUAGAAAGGAGUCUGCUUGAAAAGGAAAAAGCUUUGAAAGUGAUUGAGAAAGAAAUGAGUAACGACUAUGAGUACACAGAUAUUCAGCCUACAAUCAAGAAAACUAUACAUAGAAAUCAGUGGCGUAGCCCGAUACUUGACGAUAAAGAUAAAGUAGUAGAUAUAGUUGAAAGACAGAUUACAGAAAGAGAGAAGGUAAAAUCACAUAUAUAUAAGCCAACAGUGCCGAAGUUAGUUGAAACUUCUUUUGAAGAGUGGAAGAUAGAGGUCGAAGUGAUGAUGAAAUCUGGCCUAUAUCAUGAGGAUAUAUUGAGACAAGCUGUUAGAAAUUCCUUAAGUGGAAAUACAAAAAGAAUACUUCUAACAUUAGGUACAGAUGUGUCUACAAGAGAAAUUGUUGAUAAAUUAGAAACUAUAUACGGCAAUGUAAGAUCUGGAGAAUCAGUCUUAGGAGAAUUCUACCAAUCCAAACAAGGAAAAGAUGAAACCAUAGCAGAAUGGGGAAUUAGAUUAGAAAGUAUGCUACAGAUAGCACUUGAGAAAAAUCAAAUACACAAAAGUCAGAAAGAUGAAAUGCUUAGAAGUAGAUUUUGGCGAUACUUAUACAACGAUGAUCUCAAGAAUGCGACUAGACUUGGAUACGAAACAGCCAAAGAUUUCGAAGACCUUCAAAGAAAAAUCAGGAAAGAAGAGUGUGAAAUGAGUUUGACGAAAGAUGCAAAAGUAACAGAUACUCCAAAACAAAUAAAUAGUCAGCAAGCAAGUUACAAAGAACAACUUACUAUACUGAAGGAGUUAACCGAUAAAAUGAAAAAUAUGGAGACAAAGCUUGAAGAAUUAACAAGAGACAGAAAUCAAAGUAGACACAAUUCUGAAAGGAGAUCAUCUAAUAGAGAAUAUCAAGAAUCAUGGAACCAAUACAGAGGCAGAGGUAGAGCUCCUUUUAGAUCAAGAGGAUUUGGUUACCGAGGAAGAGGAUACAGAGAUGAAAGCAGAAGAUUUGAUACUGCACGAAACAGAGACUACGAUAGUCGUGGAUCAGAAAAGAGAAAACCAGAUCAACAAGAGAGAAAGCCUAUACAGAACAAUAACGAAAGAUACGACAAUGCAAAGGCUGACACAAAGAAGGAAGAAACAAAUGCUAAGGAGUCUUUAAACUAG